GGCCUGUGUACGCAGGUGGCACGUGCAUCAGAACACCUUCACCAGGUUCCAACCCAAAAAAUGUCCUGUCUUCUCCAACCGAGCCCAAGAAUAUAGCUACCUCUUGAACCACAGCGCAGCAUCGAAUGUGCCCAAAACGGAGAUUCUCGGCCAAAUAUGCUUGAGUAUCGUGACAUCGGUGUCAACAAGGGACAUGGACAACAUCGAAAGCAGCAUUGCUGGGAAUGUAUCCGGCGUUAUCUGGUGUGUGAUUCUGAGCGGCCCGGAUGCAAAAGAUGCUUCUCGAACGGUACCGAGUGUCCCGGGUAUGGUAAUGCAAAGCCCACAAAGUUGAGAUGGCUUGCACCCGGACAGGUUAGAUCUCGCCGCACACGCGCGAAAACACCCUUAUCGUCCAACAAACGCUCCCAUGACAAAGAACUAGCCUCAAAUGCUGUGAUUCUAGCUAGCUUUGAGCGAGCUGCUAUUACUCAGUCGAAUCUCAAGACAGAUGAGUUUGUUUUGGUAGAAGCGAUGAACUACUACAAUACUUGCAUACACCCAGACCUACUUCUUAUCCAUGAGCUUGGGCCUAAUCCCUAUGUAUAUCCCAUCCUAUCGACACAUCUGCAGCACGGCAUUGGGCUGCCUGACCAUGUAAGAUAUGGUUUCAUUUGCAUGACUCUAAGCCAUCGCAUAAAUCGGAUCAGAAACGAUGUCAGCACCCAAGUCUUAACAGAGAAAUGCUACCAAUAUAGGGGUCUGGUCAUUCGCUCUUUAAUCGAAGAUAUCAACGUGAAACAUAAAUAUAAGAGUGAUGUUAUCCUUGCCGGAAUGAUGGCUCUACUUCUGGCUGACGCCCAACAAGGCGCUUUACGAGAAUGGAGAAGUCACUUGGAAGCAAUGCAGCAAGUUAUUAUAUUGCGUGGCGGAUUGAACUCAAUCAACAGAUAUAAGCAUUUAGAGUCCCUGCUUCUCUGUUUUGUAUUCAUUGCAGUGAUCGGAGAUUCCACCUCUCCAGCGACUGAUCUUUUCCUGACAAAUUCGCGUAUGGAAGAAUUCGACACGGCCCUGGAACAAUACAACGACUUUCUAUUUGUCUUCCAAAUGUGUCCUCCAUUUCUUUUCUCCGAGAUCACCAAUAUAAAUCGCCUUCGGCUACAGGCCACAAAGCUCGAAUUCAUAACGCGCAACGAGCUGUAUAAUAAGGCAACUAUGAUACUGGCGCGCGUUAACGAAUUUUGCCCAGAGAAAUGGGGCCGAACAAAGCCGUCGCGAAUAGAAGACUGGGUGCUCAUGGCUAGCAUCUAUCAGCUUGCAGUGGCCUUGUACUGCAUACUAUCACUCCAAAGCGUAUCCGUUCUGCCAUCUAAUGAUCCGCUGAGAAUAUUCUGCGCCGCCACGGGACACACGCUUCUCAGCCUUCUUGAGGAAGGGCUCGCAUCACGAAGAAUCAAUAGAUUCUUGCUAUGGCCCCUAGUAGUGCUUGGUGUGGAGGCCAAACACGACAACCCAGCAAUGCGCACCUUCGUAGCCAAGCAGCUCCCGCAAAUGAGUCGUCGCGCCGGUGUAUAUGCGCCGUUGACAGCUUUGGCAUUACUUGAGCGGUUCUGGGCCUCCCACGUCACUGGCUGGGAUGCGUGUUUCGAUAGGCCUUAUGCUUUUACGUUGCAGGUAGCUGUAGACGUAAGUCGUGUAUCGUCCGCAAGCUGAAUAGUUGAGUCUAAGGAAGUCGGCGGCAAAUGCACGGUCAUACUAUUUUGGAUUUAAGUUGCGCAUAGUACUCACACCAACAUCUAAGUCCUACACUCAGCAAUGAACGUCAUGUCAGGGCGUCUUUCCUGGUCAAGCGACUCAUAGGCGUGUCUUCAUCUUUGUGGUCGCUAUGCACCAAACUAUGUUCAUAAUUGCCAUAAGAUUGCUAGGCAGAAAACGAAUAGUGGAAAUUUAUGGGCUCUUUGCAU